AUGGUAUGCGCAUCUAUUAAUCGUCAGACCUCAUCACGCGCCUCCCUCACCCCUGUGUUCUCUCCCUUGAAGAAGCCCGCUGGAUGGCGAUCCGCGGAUGCCUGCUGCCCCGAGCACACCCACCAGGGCAAGAUGCUUAACGUGAUUACCGUGCAGUCCUUGAAGGAGACCAUCUCUGACGACGAGCAGGAAAAGGAGUAG